CGCGCGCUGCCGGCACCUGCCAGCAUGGAGGAGGCGGGGGCGCGCGGCGGCGGGGCCGCGGCACCGGCCCUCACCGAGCUGCUGGCGGACGAAUGUUAUUCUGACUUCUUCAAAGAAGACUUUGAUGUGAAAGCUUACACUUCACAGUCUAUCCAUCAGGCUGUGAUAGCUGAACAACUGGCAAAACUUGCCCAAGGUAUUAGUCAGUUGGAUAAGGAGCUUCACUUACAAGUUGUUGCAAGACAUGAAGACCUGUUGGCCCAAGCAACUGGAAUUGAAUCCCUGGAAGGUGUUCUCCAAAUGAUGCAGACUAGAAUUGGUGCUCUACAAAGUACUGUUGAUAGAAUUAGAGUCAAAAUUGUUGACCCCUACAACAAAAUAGUGUCUCGUACAGCUCAGCUAGCAAAACUUCAAGCUGCUUGUGACUUGCUGCGGAGGAUAAUACGCAUCUUGUAUCUCAGUAAGAGACUUCAAGGACAACUGCAAGGAGGAAGCAGAGAGAUAACAAAAGCUGCCCAGAGUCUCAAUGAACUUGAUUACCUUUCUCAAGGGAUAGAUCUCUCUGGAAUAGAAGUAAUUGAGAAUGACCUGCUUUUUAUUGCAAGAGCUCGGCUUGAGGUGGAAAAUCAGGCUAAAAGGUUGCUUGAGCAAGGUGUGGAAACUCAGAAUCCUACUCAAGUGGGAACUGCUCUUCAGGUUUUCCAUAACCUUGGCACUUUGAAGGAUACCAUUGCUAAUGUGGUGGAUGGAUACUGCACAGUCCUAGAGGAGAACAUAAGAAAUGCUUUGGAUAUCAAAGUACUGACCCAACCAUCUCAGACUGUUGCAAGAGGUGGCCCUGGUAGAGCUGCUAUGCCAACGCCUGGGAACACAGCAGCUUUUCGAGCAGCCCUUUGGACAAACAUGGAGAAGCUCAUGGAUCAGAUCUGUGCUGCUUGCAGACAGGUGCAGCAUUUGCAGAAAGUAUUGACAAAGAAAAGAGAUCCUGUGUCCCAUGUCUGCUUCAUAGAAGAAAUAGUUAAGGAUGGCCAAUCUGAUAUUUUGUAUAAAUUUUGGACUGCAGUAACACAGACACUUUCCUCUCAAUUUCAGUCAGCAACAGACUCCUCUAUGUUUUUGAAACAAGCUUUUGAAGGAGAAUACCCUAAAUUACUGAGGCUUUAUAAUGACUUGUGGAAGCGUCUGCAACAAUAUAGCCAAAAUAUUCAGAGGAAUUUUAACACAAAUGGGACUGCUGAUCUCUUUCCUGAACUACAACAAAUGGAAGAAGAUACACAGGACAUAUUCAUGCAAAAAACCCAAGAUUAUGAUCCAGAAAAGGCCUUGAAAGAUUCACUGCAACAAUAUGAAGCUGCAUAUUUGUCAAAAUCCUUAUCUCGACUUUUUGACCCCAUUAAUCUUGUUUUCCCUCCUGGUGGUCGGAAUCCUCCUUCUUCUGAUGAGCUUGACAGCAUCAUUAAAACUAUAGCCAGUGAACUAAACGUGGCUGCUGUUGAUCCAGACCUGAGUUUAGCUGUAGCAAAAAAUGUGGCAAAGACCGUUCAGCUCUAUGGUGCGAAGUCUGAGCAGCUUCUAUCUACUCAAGGAGAUGCCAGUCAGGUGAUUGGACCACUGACAGACGGGCAGAGGAGGAACGUGGCUGUAGUUAAUUCGCUGUACAAACUGCAUCAGUCGGUUCUGAAGGUUGUUACCAAUCAGAGCUCGUUUCCAGCAGCCGCUGAGCAAACAAUCACAAAUGCCUUAAAGGCAGUCCAUGAUCUAAUGGGUAGUGCUAUUCAACCGUUACUGAACUCUGUAGGAGAUUCAGUAGAAGCUAUUAUCAUCACUAUGCACCAGGAAGAUUUUUCUGGAUCAUUAUCCAUCUCGGGAAAACCAGAUGUCCCUUGUUCUCUGUACAUGAAAGAACUACAGGGUUUUAUAGCAAGAGUCAUGAGCGACUACUUCAGACAUUUUGAGUGUUUUGACUUUGUCUUUGAUAAUACUGAAGCCAUGGCUCAAAGAGCAAUUGAACUUUUCAUUCGCAAUGCCAGUCUAAUAAGGCCCCUUGGUGAAGGUGGGAAGAUGCGGCUGGCGGCAGAUUUUGCACAGAUGGAGUUAGCAGUAGCACCGCUCUGUCGGCGGGUCUCUGACCUGGGAAGAUCUUACAGACAGCUGAGGUCAUUCAGACCGCUGCUGUUCCAGACCAGUGAGCAUAUUGCCAGUAGCCCAGCUCUGGGAGAGGUUAUUCCAUUCAGCAUUAUUCUUCAGUUCUUAUUUACGAGAGCACCACCAGAGUUAAAAUCACCCUUCCAGAGGGCUGAGUGGUCCAUUGCCCGCUACUCCCAGUGGCUCGAUGAUCAUCCAUCUGAAAAAGACAGGCUUGCUCUCAUACGUGGUGCACUGGAAGCCUACGUUCAAUCCGUGAGAACGAGAGAGGGAAAGGAGUUUGCACCAGUCUACCCCAUCAUGCUUCAGCUGCUGCAGAAAGCCAUGGCGACCCUGCAGUGAAUGGACUCGACGACUCUCUCACCACAGGGAACGGACAGGAACAGGGUCAGGGGUGGCUGGUGCCACAGAUGUUCUUACAGGUGAUGUGCAUUAUUCCCCUUGCAAUGAACCAUGUUUACCUACUUCAUCUGUGACACUUCUGCCUUCUUGCUUUACCUUUGCAUUGGAGGAACUUGUUUAUACACAAAUGUAAGGAAAUGAUACCAUUUUUAUGUGAAUCACUCUUUAGCAUUGCUUUUUAAUUUAGAGAGGUAUAAAAUUAGAGCAUAGUCAAACAUUACAGUGUAAUUCCUGAAUAUCUUAAAUAAGGAAGUAGCUCUUUUCUUACAAGUACAGUUUUAAACAUUUCAGCCUUAUUCAGAAAACUGUACUCUUGAAAUGCUACAGUCAUCACUUUCCAUCUAAAAGUCACUAAUUUUAACACACGGAAAAAACCAUAAGUACUUACAAAUGAUUCUCCGUUGCACUUGAAGUAGUUUAUAUUGAUUUCAACUCUCUUUUGGCUUAAACUGUAAUAAAGAACCUUAACUCUCCACUCCUGAAUUCAGUAUUUGACACUCUCCAGCGGCCUGCUAAUGGCAGAGCACCACAGUACACUUUGGAUGGGGUGAUGGAAGACCUCCCUGCAGUACGUGCUGGUGGCUGCAGGGCUGCCUGAGGGAUCAGUCGUCUCCGCUUCAGAAAACACGCGACACCGGAUUUUGAUGAAUUUAUUUGAAAUAAUAUACAAGAAUAUAGUGUGCAAAAAUCUUAGGGGCAACAUCAUGUAGGACGUGUCAUAAACUGAAAUUUACAGUUGUGAUUCUUAAAAAACAAAAAAAAAAAGAAGAGGAGAUACACACAGCUGUUUAGUACAUGGAAAGGCAGGAUGGUAAAGUUCACAGCAGAAGCAAUGGUAAUCCUAACGCAGCUGCUCUAAGCUUAGACAGUCGGAGGGAAAAACAAAAGUAAAGUGCAAGUGUUGCACGUAUAGUUAAGUGCAAAGUUUGCCCCCACCAUGAAGAUGUCUUAUGGCAAAUAAAAUAUGGUAGAAUAUGUGGCAAAGACAAAACACAGUUAAAACUAUGAUGGUGAUGGUAUCAACAGCACCAUUUUUCUUGAGAUAACGCUACUCAUUGAUUUCAUCCUGUCCUGGGUCAUUUUUUUCCAGAGGGAGUAACAGCUCUCGCUGGUGGCGGCGGGUGCGCAAACACCCUCCUCACUGCUGCUGCCAGCCCCCUGCCACACAGCAGCCCGGGGCAGCUGCAGCUCUGGGGCGGCUCCAGCCCCACGCUCACUCGGCAGCGCUGCGCCGCCUCCCCAGGCACCGCUGCCCAGGCGGGGAGGCCGCAGGCCGGGACACCCCUUCUGCCAGCUCAGAAAAUCCCAGGCCCUAGAAUCGUAACUAAGAAUAUGGUUGUGCAAUACGUAUUAAUCAGCAAUAAGAAUCAAUGUAUAGAAACAGCUGUUACGUAUUUGAAAAUUCCCCUUUUUGUACAUUUUCUUUUAAAAAUAAACAUUUAUACACGUCUCCUUCGCCUCUUUCU